CUUCUUCAUCAAACCUCUCCGCCGUGCCAUCGUUUCUGGGCUUUCUGACAUUGCCUGCUACGUUUGCGAGAUCUGAGUUUUCAUUUUAUACCUAUUUCAUCUCGUUUACCCCCUUCGUUGUGAUUUCUCGGCUUGCGAUCCGAAGCGUGGAGAAUCGAGUCUCCGCCGCCCCCAGAGCCGGGGUUUUGGAGCGAGCAUGUCGCUCGGUCACCACGCCUGGCCUCCGGGCAAUAUUCGCCCUCCGGAUGAGCAUCAGGACUCCCCGCGACCUGUCAAUGGCUUGGUCAAAACCUUGUCUGGCUCGCGAACCCCCCAAACACGCGGCUCCAUCAGCGCAGACGGUCCGAACCCCGGUAGUAUGACAUCGGACCCCGAUAUCGCGGCCGAGGAGGACCCGCGCCUGGCCCAAUUUCGCGAAUUAUAUCGCAUCAGUGAAGCGAAAAUCAACGCGAUCUUCUCGGGUGAUUAUACCAAGGACGAUGUGGCCGGCGCCGCCAUCGCGGACUCCGAUCAACCGGAUAGUCAACUCGAACGCGUCGAUGCGCCGGCACCCCCUUCGAAGGCAUCCGCGAAGCCUGCCCGCAAAAUGGAUGACGACUACGACGAUUACGAUGAUGACGACGAAGACGCGGAUAUGCCUGAUUCGACAGAGUCCCCUCUAAAAGCAAAGUCCAUCCCACCGUCGCAAGAUACCGCAGUCGUCGCGAUCCCGGUGCAACGUCCUGGCACCGCAGUUUCCAUCAAUGUCGAUGGGACGAAAGAACAGAAGAAGGAGACCGCGGAGGAUAUCCGGAAGAAGCUGGAAGAAGACAAGAAGGCUACCGAAGAAGCUGUCAAGCAUAGCUUCCACACCAUGUUCUACACUCUGGAAGAUGACCGGUACGCGAUGCUGGACCAAAAGCGGCUGGAGGAAUCGGAGCGCCAGGUUGAUGCCGAGAUUGCUGGCCAAACUAGUGGUGCAAACAACACGUCAGGUGGUUCCAGUGGCCAUGGAACUCUUAGCCAGACGAACCUUGGCGCGUCUAGCUUAACGUUGAAGAACCUACUCGCUAGGAUUGAUCAGAAGCGUGAUAUGGUCGAGGCAUCUGACGCCGAGCUUCGUAGUUUAAUUCGUGAGGUCCGGAAGAAUCGCAGCAAGUGGUACAACGAGGAGCGAAUUGGCCAGGAGGAGCUUUACGAUGCCGCGGAGAAGGUCCUUAAUGAGCUGAAAGCCAUGACUGAGAACUCGGGACCCUUUUUGAAUAAGGUCAACAAGCGUGAUGUUCCCGAUUAUCACCUAAUCAUUCGGCAUCCAAUGGACCUUGGAACUAUGACUAAGAAGCUAAAAGCUAUAAGUUACAAGUCCAAGCAAGAUUUUGUGGAUGAUAUUAAUCUCAUCUGGGCCAAUUGUCUCAAGUACAACACCGACCUCAACCAUCCCUUGCGAAGAAAGGCUGUGAUCAUGCGGAAAGAGACCGACAAGCUCGUGCCUCUCAUUCCAGACAUUGUCAUCAGAGAUCGUGCCGAGGUUGAGGCUGAGGAACGUCGGAUGCAGCUUGCUGAGCUCGAAGAUGGAGGCGAGGAGAGCGACGAUGAACCCAUCAUGUCCUCUCGAGGUCGCAAGGCUCCCGGAAAGAAAACAUCCCAGAAGGGUACAGCUCCUUCUCGCAGUACCCCCAGUGGUUCUGAAGGUCCCGCGGGUGCAUCUUCCAGUCAGCCCUCAGGUCCCGUACGUGCAGAUUCGGAUACUGCCAUGGAAGCGAGCCAGAAUGGUUUCUCAACCCCGCCUCCUGGGUUCAAUACUCCUUCUGAUCCAGCCGGGGCCGGUGCAGCUGCUGCUAGCCAGCUGGGUGAUGCCAUGGAAAUUGAUGGCCCAACAACGGACAUGACUGCUCUUAGUGCCCUCUCGGUACCCGGUCUCGAAGUCGAAGAUCCCGAGUAUAAAGUGUGGAAGCAAGUUACUAAGAAAGAUCGAGCUCUCAUCGCUGCUGAGAGACAUCGCCUUCUUAAGGGCGACAAGCUUAACCCGGAUGAACCAGCUCUGCUCCGUAGCAAGGCUGGUAUGCGCCGCUGGCUUCGCCACGAGAAGCAAGCAGCUAAUGAGGGUGAGAAGGCUCAAGAUGCUGGUGCCCAAGAGCCCGAAGCUGCUGGUGCAUCGCUUGCGGAGGGUAUUGAGGUUGAGGAAGACAGGAUGAUUCCUUACUAUUACGACGUCAUGCAUGGUGUACCGGACCUGCCAUCUCGUAUUGCCUGGAAGGAAGAUUCCGAGGGAAACAUUGUCGAUACAUCCGAGGAGUUCCUCCGGGUUCUUCCUCCAGGAAGCUUCAAGCAGCCCGAUAGCAAACUGUCCCGCAAGAUGGAUUCCAACAUGCGGCAGAUGCAAGACACUCGCAAGAUUUGUUCCAAGAUUGGCAUCGUGAAGCAGAUGCAGCUUCAGGCUCAGAUGUAUGCGAACCAGUUCCAAAAGUACAAUCCCGAGCCCUUUGUUGAACAGGACAUUCCACCUCACGUCAUGAACGACAACGGCCCUGUCAUGACAACAGGCGUGUGCCGAGCGGCGCUGCAACGAUCGGUUGCUAAAAUAUUCUAUCACGCUGGCUUUGAGGAAUACCAGCCCUCAGCUAUUGAUGUUGCGACUGAUAUCGCCGCCGACCACUUCCACAAACUCGGUCGGAUCAUCAAGUCUUACAUGGAAACACCCAAGGUCCCCGUUACUGAAACCGAGGAUGCUUCGUCGUCUGCCGAAUGGAAGGCUGCAUACAGUGAACCUGAGGUUGUCCUCCACACUCUAGCUGCUGUGGGCAUGGAUAUCGAAGAACUUGAGCUCUACAUCAAGGAUGACGUUGAACGGCUUGGCACGAAGCUUGCGUCUGCUCACGAUCGCCUAAAGUAUCUCUUCACUGAGCUCCUGCGCCCAGCUCUCACGGAUGCUGGUGAAGAUGGAUCCAAGGCGUUUGCAGAUGGUAGCGACCAGUUCGUUACCGGAACGUUUGCGGAUGACAUCAAUGAUGACUUCCUUGGAUUUAAGGAACUUGGAUUGGAUGUCGAAUUCGGUAUCGCCUUUAACAGCGUGCCACUGCACUUGCUGCCCAGUCGGAUGUUCAACGCGGCACAGGCGCAGAAUACUACAGCCAUCCAGACGGAGGAUUCCUUCCCGCCGCCCCCGCCCUACGCUCGUAUCACUACUGAGAACGUGGGUAACCAGAUCGGGCUGGUUCAACAAUUCUUGAAGGGCAAGCUGGAUGCGAACCAUGACGAGCCGCUCGUGGAAGAUCUCGAGCUGCCCCUCAAGCAGAGACCCAUGCCUGCCAAGACCCGUCUGCCCGCGUCUGGCAAGAUCCCUCCUCCGGCUGGUGUCUCUGGAAACACCUCGAGUCCUCAGAAGCGCCCUGCACCACCUGGUGCAGCCCUCGCCAAGGCCGGCCCCUCAGAGCCGAGCAAGAAAAAGGCGAAGAAGAACAGUGGGGUGGCGCUGGAGAUGCCCAACUUUAACGAGGGGGAUGCCGACCAGAUGGACGUCGGCGAUUCGAAAGAUCUUAUUUCGGAUCUGAAGUCCAUGGACGAGGGCAACUUGCCUGAGGGUGAGGCCAGCAUGACCCAGCAAGAUCAGGCAAGUGUACCCAUGACCAAUGGGACUACCGCCUGAUCGUAGGUAAAUAGCUACUCCUUAGGCAUAAUUGGAACUUGGUAAUUUUUUUGAGCAGCGUUUGACAGUCAUUUCCCUACCUUUCUUCCAUUCAUUCUUCUCUUUCCUCUUUUUUCCCUUCCCUGGUGUUCAUGAAAGCUCUAAUGAAUACAAUCACAGCAACUUCAUGUAUAGUGAGCUUAGGUCUCACUUUUUGAUGACUGGGCGGGAAUCUCUUUGUUUACUUUCAAUCGCCGACGAUACCCAUGGCCAGAAUUAUAGGCAAGAGGGCGGGUCACUAUCACCUGGAUUUCGAUGGAUACUUUUCUUCUUUGUUCCCCCACUGUAUUAUCUUCGUUAUUUUUUACUUUCAUCUUCAUUCUGGACCUGCGAUGGGGUUGGUAGCGGUGUGCUAAUUCUACCACUCACUUGUAUUAAGCUCGAGGCUCAGCGCUUUUUACGUGUACUAUAACAUACCAAAUGGGUGGUUAGUUCAUAUUUUUUGCCUUAUGUACCCGG